AACUGUGAAAAUUCCCCCCGAUUUUUUCCGUUUAUUGCAGUACUUUCCCUUUGGGUCCCCGGAAAAUAAUCGAGAGAAGAGAGCGCCAAAAAAACAGCGUUUCAACCUUUAACCUUUGCUUUUGGUUGCCCGGUUACCCACACACACAUACACCAACACCAACACCAACACCCGCACAUUGUCAACCGCUUUAUCGAUAUCGUGUGUUUUGUUGUUGGACGGCAGGACAUCGGCGGUUCAGUUGGCAGGAAAAGUCCGGAGUGUAAAAGUCCUUUUUUCAGCAGAAGAAUCGUGAGGGAGAACCGGCAGCAGAAUGCCGCCGAAGGGUAAAAAGGGCAAGAAGGGCAAAAAAUUGCCAGUGCUCAUCGAUGGAGUGGACACCUCGGCGAUGACCCGCGACCAGCUGGAGGCCUUUGCCCUCCGGCUGAAGGCGGAAAUGGAUCGGGAGCGGGAGGAGCGAAACUACUUCCAGUUGGAGCGGGACAAGAUCCGCACUUUUUGGGAGAUCACGCGCCAACAGCUGGAUGAGACCCGCUAUGAGUUGCAGCAGAAGGACAAGGAGAUCGAAGCCACGCAGGAUCUGGCGGACAUCGAUACCAAGCACGUGAUGCAGCAGAUGAAGCACCUGCAGUUCGAGAACCACAACAAACUGGGCGAGGUGCGGGCCGAGGCGAUGACCCAGCUGAAGCUGGCCCAGGAGCACCAUGUCCUGCAGGAGAACGAGCUGCUGCGGGACAAGCGCCACCUGCGCAGGAUCAUCCGGGAGAAGAUGGAGACGAGCGAGAUGCAGCUGCGCCACUUGGAGGCCAGCUUCAACGAGAAGCUGCUGGAGCAGCGCAUCACGUUCGAGCGCGAGCGCAAGGACAACGAGAUGCUGCACGAGGAGAAGAUGGUCGAGCAGAAGGCCAAGCUGGACCUGUUCUACGGCACUCAGAUGUUCGAGGUGGAGGAGCGCAAGAACCAGCAGAUCAAGGACCUGCAGGACCACCACGACCUGGCCUUCAACGACAUGAAGAACUACUACAACGACAUCACGCUGAACAACCUGGCGCUGAUCGGCAGCAUGAAGGAGCAGCUGGAGCAGCUGCGCAAACAGGCCGAGCGAUCCGACCGGAUUGCGGCGGACACGGCGGCGGAGAACCGGCGGCUGAAGGAGCCGCUGGAGCACGCCAACCUCCAGCUGAACGAGUUCCGCCGCAAGCUGGAGUUCUACGAGCGGGACAAGCAGCAGCUGAGCCGCCUCAAGGUGCGCAACACGCGGCUGGAGAAGAAGGUCAAGGGACUCACCUGGGAGGCGGAGACGCUCAUCCUGCGCAACGACUCGCUGGUGGCGGAGCGCGAGGGCCUCAAGGAGCGCUUCAACGACGUCAUCGUGGAGCUGCAGCAGAAGACCGGCCUGAAGAACGUCCUCCUGGAGCGCAAGAUCGCCGCCCUGAUGCGCGAGGGCGAGAAGCGCAGCAUCGUGCUGCACGAGACCAUCGCCACCUGUGCCCCCAACUACGCCGAGAAGCUGGCCGGCCUGGACGAGCGCGUGGGCAACGUCGUCGACCAGAAGAACAAGCUCAUCCUGGACCUGCGCUACGAGGUGGCCAAGGCCCGGAAGGCCCACGACGACCUGCUCGAGACCUACGAGUGCAAGCUCAAGCAGCACGGCGUGCCCGUCGACGAGCUGGGCUUCAAACCGCUCAGGGAGCGCGACCAGAAGCAGCUCUACAUCUGCGGUCCGGCGGGAAUCGUCACGGACAACAAGUAGUAUUACACAAUGAUUGAAGGACCAAAAAUCAAGGAGACGAAGAACCGUGGCAGAAACAUUUCAAUUUUGAAACACUGGAAAGAAAACGAUAACUAAUCAAAUCACAAUAGUAAGUCCCUAAAAGAUCUUAGAGGCGACAGUCCACAAAAGUAUUAUAAAAAAAGUUGAGGGGUUUGAAAACCCUAACUUAUCAAAAGCAGAACUAUAUUAUACCCCAAACGGACAGUCCCCAAAAGAAGUAUUAUUAGACGAUUUAUUGGAUCAACAAUCAAAAAAAAAACAAGGUGGCGAAAAAGAUUUUAGUUAGAAAGAGAAAACCAGACCACAAUAAAUCAAAAGCAAUAUAAGGUUCAAAGAAGGAAAAGGAAAAUAAAGGAUCGAAAAUUAAAAGCAUCAAAUGAAACAAACAUUCACAAGGCUCUCUUCAAAAAUAGCGCUUUAAAAAAAGAUAACACAAAAAAAAGGGGAUGCAAAAUAACAUUAAAAGCGAAGAAGAUCAAAUGCAAAAAAAAGCUAAGAACCCAAAAACAAAUCCCGCCUUCAGAGCCCCCAGUAAAUUAAAUUGUAAUAGUAAUAGUGCUGUUCGGAUCAUUCAGAAUUAAUUCAUUGCCUAGUUUUGUGUGUUAGAUUCUACACAAUCAUGUAAUGUUUACAAAAUUCUGGAACAUUUAGUGGAAAAACAAUUAAAAAAAAGUUUGCAUUACAAAA